GAUCAAGAUGGUCUGCAGGAGAAUGACAAGAUAACUUCUCUUCCCGGCCAGCCAGAUGUAACUUUUGCACAGUAUUCGGGCUAUGUGACAGUAGAUGCACAGGCGGGCAGAGCUCUAUUCUACUAUUUUGCAGAGGCUGCACAAGACCCAUGUACUCAACCUCUCCUCCUCUGGCUCAAUGGAGGGCCUGGAUGCUCAUCGUUUGGAGUGGGAGCAAUGUUGGAGCUUGGACCCUUCCGCGUUCAGCCUGAUAACGCCACACUUUCUAGUAAUCCCUAUGCGUGGAAUCAAGUGGCGAACACAUUAUUUUUGGAAUCACCUGCUGGAGUUGGGUUUUCAUACUCCAACACCACUUCUGAUUAUGAUAACGCCAAUGAUGAGAACACUGCUCGGGAUGCGUACAUAUUUCUACUGAAUUGGCUUGAGAGGUUUCCGCAGUAUAAGAACAGAGAAUUUUAUAUCGCAGGGGAAAGCUACGCUGGCUUUUAUAUCCCUGAAUUGGCAGACACUAUUCUUAAGAAUAAUAACUCUCGUACAUCGAUUAUAAAUCUCAAAGGAGUCAUGAUUGGAAAUGGAAUAAUCAAUUAUGAGACAGAUGGUUGCGGGAUGGUUGACUAUUUAUGGUCACAUGCAUUAAUGUCAGAUGAAGAUUAUGCCUAUUCUCGUUGUAUUGCAUCUAAUUCAAGUUAUCAAACUCAAAGUCACAAAUUUUACUCUCAAUCAGAACCAUAUAGCCCAGGACUGAUAAACAUCUAUAAUAUAUAUGCACCACUUUGUCCUUCCCAUCCCGACCCCAUAUGGAGAUUUUCAACUUUCACAUCUUCUGCUUUGACGGAUGCUACCCCUACAAAUGGAUUAGAUGGAUUUGAUCCAUGUAGUCCUGGUUAUGUACUUACCUACCUUAACACACCUAAAGUACAAAGUGCUCUUCAUGCAAAUAUAACAAGCUUACCUUAUGCAUGGUCAGAAUGCAGUAAUGUGCUCACAUACAAUGACAUAAAUGUGACAACUAUGUUACCAAUUUAUCAAAGAAUGAUGGCAGCGGGAUUGAGAAUACUAGUCUACAGUGGAGAUAUAGAUGGAAAGGUGCCAGUCACUAGUACAAGAUACUCAAUUAAUGCAUUGAAUCUUCCAAUUGAGAAAGCAUGCUAUCCAUGGAUGGAUGGAGAUAUUGAUGUAGCGGGUUAUAGUGUAAUUUACAAAGGAUUGAUAUUUGCAACGGUAAGAGGAGCAGGGCAUGAAGUGCCAAGCUAUCAACCAUCGAGAGCAUUGACCAUGACCAAAUACUUUUUAGCUGGAAAGCCUCUACCAUCAUAA